AUGGACGACGUCGCCCGUGAGUCUCUCCCAAACACCCUCCCCAUCCAGCCCCUCUCCCGCAAGCGAAAGGCAGCCCCAGACGACUCCGAGGUCAACAACCCGUCCGCCUCGUCCCCGCAACUCUCCUCCCCCGAUGCCCGCCCUGGCAAGCUCGUUGACCCCUGCACCGCCGCCCCCCGCCUCUCCCUCGAGACUUCCCCACGCUCCCCGCCGCGCUCGUGGUUCACCCCCGCUUCUUCCGCUGGGAAUACCCCGCUUCCAUCCCCUUCGAUUUCCCCACCGACGUCCGCCAUAGCUUCCUCCCCCGACACCGACACCGACGCCCCCCCUCGGCCAAAACGCCCGCGUAUAGACAUCGCACCCCCGUCCGCUGCAGACAGCAGGCGGCCGUCGUCUCGGCGCGCACAGGAUCUAAUCACCGCUCUGCAAUCCCAAGA